AUGGGCUACCUCUCGCGGCUGCUGCUCGUGCUAGGCCUCGCCAUCCCCAUGGUGCUGGGCCAGGCCCUGCCGCUCAAGUCGUCGAGCCGGUGGAUCCUCGACGCCAACAACCAGCGGGUCAAGCUGCGGUGCGUCAACUGGGCCGGGCACAUGGAGACGCACAUCCCCGAGGGCCUGCACCGGCAGUCGGUCGAGUACAUCGCGGGGUGGAUCCGGCGGAACAACUUCAACUGCGUGCGCCUGACGUACAGCACCGACCACGCGCUCGACCCGGCGCGCCGCGUGUCCGACGCCUUCGUCGCCGCCGGCCAGGCCGCCGGCGUGUCGGCGGCCGCCAUGUCGGGCCUGUACGCGGCCGUCGUGCAGCACAACCCGUUCGUGGCCAACGCCACCACGCGCGACGUCUUCGGCGCCGUCGUCGACACUCUGUGGGCCAACGGCGUCAUGACGGUCCUCGACAACCACGUGUCGCGCGCCUCGUGGUGCUGCAACCUGACGGACGGCAACGGCUGGUGGGACUCGGGGUUUGGCUACAACAGCUGGAACAGCCGCUUCUUCAACACGCAGAGCUGGCUGGCCGGGCUGCAGGCCAUGGCGGCAUGGUCGCAGGGGCACCGCGGCGUGGUCGCCAUGUCGCUGCGCAACGAGAUCCGCGAGUUCCUGCUGCAGGGCAUCAACAGGCGGGCCGACUGGUACAACUACGUCAAGCAGGCGGGCGACCUCGUGCACGCCACGCACCCGGAUGUGCUGGUGCUGGUGGGCGGCACGCAGAGCACGACGGACCUGACGCACGUGCGCAGCAAGAUGCUCGACACGUCAGGCUGGGCCGGCAAGCACGUGUGGGAGAUGCACGCGUACAGCUUCACCGUGACGUUCCCGGACCCCUUCACCAGCUGCGACGCCGUGCAGGCCGAGUACGGGCUGUUCGCGGGCUUCGUGCUGGAGCAGGGCAAGCCGUACACGGGCCCGCUGGUGCUCAGCGAGUUCGGCGUCGGCAUGACGGGCGGCAGCGAGCGCGGGCUCGUGCCCAAGGACAGCCGCUACCUGGCGUGUAUCACUGCAUACAUGCAGAACAACGACGCGGACUGGGCUGUGUGGGCCGUCCAGGGCAGCUACUACGUCCGCGACGGCAACGUCGACGCCGACGAAGGCUGGGGCCUGCUCGACCACGAGUGGCGCGACUGGCGCAACCAGGCUUUCCCGGGCAUGCUCGGCAGCAUGUGGACCGUCAACCAGGGGCCAUAG